AUGCAUUUGGUUUACCUAUAUAUUAAAUUAGAAAACUAUCCUUUAAACAUAUCAAAAUUAGAAGAUAUACGCCUACUUUGUAAUUUUGGAAAGGCAAAAUUUGUGUUACCUACAACUAUAAAUGAUAAUCUCUGUUCAUCCUUCAAUAAUCUAAAAAUGAUUUCUACAACUACUAAAGGAUCAUUACCAUACAUAUCUUCAAAGAGAAUAGCCUCAAAAAAAACUUUGCAAGAAACCAGUAACAAUAUUUGGUCAUAUGGAUUUCUACUUAAUACAAUGAUAACGAAAACUUUACAUUCUACUUAUAUAUAUAGUCCUUUAUUACAAAUGCGAAUUCUUAAAAGUGUUAGGGUAUUGAGGCUUUAA